UUAGUUAUAAAUAAUACUUUAUCAUAAGUUAUAAAUAAUAGUUGUGCUGAAUCUUCAUGCUAGUACAUGUUAAAUUGCAUGCUGAGUUGAUGCUGAAUUUUUAUACUGUUUAAAAGAUUGCGUUGUAUAUUAUGAAAAGAUGAAUACAAAGCUUGACGUGUUACCACAAAAAGAGCAAGCUGGAAUCGGUUUUAUCUCGACUUACCCUAUUUCAAUUCCAAGCUUCGUGAAACUGUUAGAAAUUGUAUUUCUUGUCAUAUCGUUUUUACUUUCCAAUCUAUUUAAAGAUGGUUCAAAAAAUAUUAUACAAAUAAAGUGGAAUAUACAGCAAUUCCACCUAUUAAUAUCUGUGUUAAGUGUGGUUGGUUGUAUAUUCAUAUACGCUGCUUAUUGUUUUAACAUAAUAAGAUUGUUACAGAGGAGAUUUCAAACAAUAUAUUUAUUUCUGACUUUGUUACAUAUAACCGGUGUGAUAUUUUUGUUAAUCAGUACGUCAAUGAUUAUUCAAAGCUGUGUAAACAUUCGAAACUAUAAAGUGUUAAAUUUUGAUACUUGUCGUGAAAUUAAAAAGCUAACAUCAACAAGCUGCUCAGUUUGUGAAGGAAGUGCAGCUGCUGGAUUUUUAGCUUUAAUUGUGCUCGUAUUCGAUACCUAUUUGCAUUGCCUAAAGUACUUAGAUAUUAAAAGACGGUUAGCUAUAGCAAAAGAAGAAGAAGAAAAAAAUAAAGAAAAGUUGCCAAGUCCAUAAGAAAAUUUAAUUAUUACUAAUUUCAAUUAUCUAUUAAUAGAUAUUUAAAACAAUAAAAUUAAAUAUCUAUAAUAGCCCACAAGUCUUUGUGUUGUAA